CCUGUCUACGAAGCACCGAGUCUACUCCGGAGAGAUAAAAACCUCGGGCCUACCGAGAGUUACCGAUGGAUCUUUUUCUGUGUUUAUACCCGUUUCUUAUUUUUGUUUCAACACCCGCGCUGGCCUAAAUUUUCAAUCGAAAAGUUAACGUUGUCGCCUUCUAACCUAACAAAAUACUGACACACGAAAAAUGCAUACCGUGACCAUAUGAUAGAAACAUUAAUCGAAAGAAACUUGGAUCACCGUUGUACAGUAGUUUUACAAUAAGGAGUCCGACGAGGAAAAACAUUCGAUCUAAGCUAUGUUCCGAAUCUAACUUGGUUUUAGGAUCCGUCUAAGGUAAUACAAUCAGACAUAAGCCAGUGAUGUCUGUCCCUUCCUCGUCCUCUAAAGUGAAUGAUAAUAAACCAGGUGGUACAAGUCCAAGUCCUGUCGAGGGCAUAGAAGGUGUUCCAGGACCUAGUUCUUUAGAACCUAUGCAUUCUCUUUUAACACGAGAUGAAGAAUCAGAAGAUUACGGUGAAGAUGGCGAGGAGGAGGAGGAGGAGGAGGAGGAGGAGGAAGAGGAUGACACCAGCGGCGAGGAGAGCGAGGAGUUUAGUGACACGGGAAUAUUUUGCGAUGCAGAAUGUGAACCCGAGAUUGAAAGUAAUAAUUGUUCGUUGUCCACAUCGCAGCCACAGCCUCUUACCCCACGGGUGCCCAGUCCCAUUUUGCAUACCUGCGUGCCGUUGGAUGCCGUUCAACCUCAGAGAAAACGUAAAAGCGAAACCGAAUCGAGUUUACCGUGUAAAAAGCCUAAUCCUGAAGAUAAAUCCUAUUCGAUGAUCGUUAAGAAAUUGGAUGACAAGGCUAAACAUACACGAUGCGUGAUUCCAACGAAAGAUAAUCCUCCGCCAGAAAUGAGUAAUUGGCUCCUUCAGUUUCAGAGAUGGUCGAACGCGGAAAGAAUGCUAGCGAUAGACGAAUUGAUCGAGAGGUGUGAGCCGACGCAAGUGCGGCAUAUGAUGCAAGUGAUCGAGCCUCAGUUUCAGAGGGACUUUAUAUCGUUGUUGCCAAAAGAGUUGGCCCUGGCCGUGUUAGCUUUUCUAGAACCAAGGGAUCUCUUGAGGGCCGCGCAAACCUGCCGUAACUGGCGAUUUCUCGCCGACGACAAUCUGUUGUGGAAGGAGAAGUGCAGAGCAGCCGGGAUAGAAGACUUAAAAGAGUUGUCUCCGUCGAAAAAGAAGAGUUGUAGGAAUGCUGUUAACUCGUCGUGCCCGUGGAAACAAGCGUACAUGAGGCAGCACAAUAUAAAAAUGAACUGGAGGACGAAACCGAUCCGUACGCCGAAGGUUCUCAAGGGACACGACGAUCACGUGAUUACGUGCCUCCAGUUCUCCGGGAAUCGGAUAGUGAGCGGUUCUGACGACAACACGCUCAAAGUGUGGUCCGCCGUUACGGGAAAGUGUUUGAGAACGUUGGUCGGACAUACCGGUGGUGUAUGGUCUUCGCAAAUGUCUGGGAGCACUGUGAUUAGCGGUAGCACCGAUCGUACCUUGAAAGUAUGGAACGCAGAGACUGGCCAGUGCAUCCACACUCUUUACGGUCACACGUCGACGGUGAGGUGUAUGCAUCUACACGGUAACAAAGUAGUCAGUGGCAGUAGAGACGCUACGUUGAGGGUGUGGCAAGUGGAUACCGGCGAGUGCUUACACGUGCUUGUGGGUCAUUUGGCGGCUGUUAGAUGUGUGCAAUACGAUGGGAAAUUAGUGGUCAGUGGCGCCUACGACUACAUGGUUAAGGUUUGGAAUCCGGAACGCGAGGAGUGCCUUCAUACCUUACAAGGACAUACAAAUCGUGUUUAUUCCCUCCAAUUCGACGGUGUACAUGUUGUUAGCGGUUCCCUGGAUACGAGUAUAAGAGUGUGGGAGGUUGAAACCGGCGCAUGUAGACAUACAUUGAUGGGUCACCAGUCGCUCACCUCGGGGAUGGAGUUACGCAAUAAUAUUUUGGUAUCUGGAAACGCGGAUUCAACCGUUAAAGUAUGGGACAUUGUCAACGGUCACUGCCUUCAAACGUUGUCUGGUCCAAAUAAACAUCAGUCUGCUGUCACUUGCCUUCAAUUUAACAGUCAUUUUGUAAUUACUUCGUCCGACGACGGUACGGUCAAACUGUGGGACGUUAAAACUGGUGAUUUUAUAAGGAACUUGGUCGCCUUGGAGAGCGGUGGAAGUGGUGGUGUUGUGUGGAGGAUACGUGCGAGUGAUACAAAGCUGGUGUGCGCGGUGGGUAGCCGCAACGGCACGGAGGAGACCAAACUGCUGGUCCUCGACUUUGAUGUAGAGGUAAAAUAGUGUACUCUUCUGUGGACAAAACUGCCCUCCUCAAUGAAUUCUGUACAUAGUCCGAUUAGGUAGCGUAACCAAUCUAUUGUACAAUGGUUCAUGUAUUACAUGUGGUGUGAUUGUGAUAAGCAUGUAUGGGAAAGAUACGACGGGGAGAUCCAAGGACGAGGAUGGAUCGGUAGCUGUUUACAAAUGAUCUCCGAAGUGGUAGAGAACCUAUAAACUGAAGGCAUUAGUUAUAUUAAUUACGAAGUGUAUUCGUAAUAAUUCGUAAAGUGUAAUCGUGGUGUACAAAUACGAGAUUUCAAAGACUCAACAAAUUAACGGGUGGAACGAGGAGCUUAUCAGUGUACCACUGUAUCGCCGCUGUUAUCAAAUUCGACACGAAGUCCUAAUAAUUUAAAACGGAUGAUGAUUGCCCGCCAUGAACAUUGCAAUUACAUAACUAUUUGUACGGGCGCUUAGGAAAGUAUUUUUAAAUUACAGAGAAGAAGAAAGAUUUCGUACCGUAUUUCUCAGAGCAUAUACAUACGAAAAUAUUGCUUAAAGAAUCUCAGUGAUGAAAAUGAGGAAGGAUCCAGGGGGACGGUGAAAAAUUGAACAAACAAUCGAAACGAAUAACAAAUUUAGAUUUGACAAAACAAAAGAACUGCAUACCGAUAUAAAUGUUCUUUACACAAUAAGUUUUUCUCUCCGCCGUACCGUGUGGUACGGUUUAUUUAAAUUUUUCACUUACGUUGGUUAAAUUAAUUAUUAUGGGAAUUGUGCAUAAU